AAAUUUUUAGAUAGCUUUUUAAUAAUUUAAAAAGAUCAAACGAUAUUUUUUCUUCACAAAUAACUCACAAAACAAUAAUACAUUAACUAAAAAGAUAAUAAAUAUAGCUUUAAACCUAGCUAACUAGAGAUGAACUAGCUGUAAUAUAAUUAAAAUAACGAUUAUCAAUAAAAUGGAGAUAUAUUUAAUCAGAUUUAAAGACCUAAACCUACCUAAGAGUAUGAAAUUUAUAAACGCUUAAAGUUAUUAGGUGAAGGCUCAUUUGGUAAAGCAUACUUAGUUGAAAGUUAAAGCGAUAAAAGUAAGUGGGUUAUAAAAUAAAUUUCUCUUGAUGCUAUGAGCCCAGAAGAAAAAAAGGAGAGCUAUAAGGAAGCUAAGAUUUUAGAAUAGCUUAAUCACCCAAAUAUUGUUAAAUUCAAAGAAAUUUAUAAAACUAAAAGUGGAAAGCUUUGCAUUGUAAUGGAAUAUGCUGAUGGUGGCGAUCUUUCUUAAAAAAUCUAGAAGUAAAGAGGUAAAUAUUUCAAAGAAGAGUAGAUUUUAGAUUGGUUCACUUAGAUUUGCUUAGCUAUGAAGCACGUUCAUGAUAGAAAAAUUCUUCAUAGAGAUUUGAAGGGUUAGAAUAUUUUUUUAACGUCUUAAAAUAUUUGUAAACUUGGAGAUUUUGGUAUUGCAAGAGUCUUAAACAAAACAUUUGAAAAAGCUAAGACGAUGGUCGGUACUCCUUAUUAUUUAUCUCCUGAGAUUAUCAAUAGUGUUCCUUAUUCUUACAAAAGUGAUGUAUGGUCUAUUGGAGUAGUUCUAUAUGAGAUGUGUUGUCUUAGACCACCAUUCCAAGGUGAGAGUUUGCAAAAUCUAGCAUUAAAUAUUGUGAAAGGAUAGUAUUAGCCUAUCCCUAAUAUAUAUUCAUAAGAUCUUAAAAAAUUAGUCUCUAAUUUACUUCAAAAUAGGCCUGAAAGCCGUUAUUCAAUUUAACAAAUUCUUGGUUUGCCUUUUAUCAGAAACCGUAUUAAAAAUUUCUUGAGUGAAACUAUAAAAGCAAAUGAAUUCUCUCAUACUAUCUUGCAUAACUAAAAAAUUAUUAUCGAUGAUGAUUUCAAGAAUAUCAAAAAUGUCUAAGGUCCUCCACCACCUUCAGUUGCAUACCAAAUGAAAGAAUAGCAGAGAAAUGCUCAGGAGAAGCAAGAUUAAUAAUAAUAAUAAAAAGUACUGCCAAGUAUUGAGCCAAAAUAAGCAGCUUAGAAGGCACCUCAAAACUAGAAGCAAAAUUAAAUAGAAAAAUAAUAAAUAAGACCCUAAACUCCAGUCAGCAAUCAAGUAAGACCUAUAAAUGGAAAGAUUCCCAUUUAGAAUUAAUAGUAUUAAGCAUAAAAUUAAAGACCUUCAAAUAUUGAUGUUGGACCAUAAAAUUAUCCAUAUGGUAAAAUACCUAACAGUUAAUAAUAAACUCCAAUCGGAAAAGAAAAUAGUUCAGAUAAUAAAAAAAUCGUAAGAUAGCCUUCGAAAAAUAAUAUUGUAAAUGUAAAAUAUAAUUCUGUUCCAACUGAGUAAGAAGAAAAAAUAAGCUAAUAACCCUCAAAAUAAACACCACCUUUACCUCCAUAACCAUAAUUAAAGCAAAAUCCUUCAUAAUAGAAAUUUUAAAAAGCUCCUUAGAAGCCAGUUGUAUAAAAACUUUAAAGACCUUCCACUGCAGUUCCAUAAAAUCCUUAAAGAUAGAUAAUGACUCCCAAAUCAUAACCUGGAAGUAAACCUUUUUAUCCUCCAAAACCAAUUGACCGCAAAUAAAGUGCUGGAUAGAUUCUAGUUUCUAAUUAGGUCUCAAAAGGUGACUAAAAUAAUAAACCCCCUAUUUCAAAUAAUAGACCAAUCACUGCCCAUAAUAGAAAUUCUACACCUUAAAGAAUAUCAAAUACUCCACCUGUAUAACUUUAAAGAAAUGUGAGAUAAGAAAUAAGUCAAAAAAGGCAAGAUAUCUUAAAUAAAGUAAAAGAUGCAUAAGAGUAAAAGAAGAAAAAAUUAGAAGAUCUUAAAAAAGCUAAAAUGGAAGCAAGUCUAAAAUCAAAAGAAGAAAGAGAACAAGUUCGUUAAAAUAUGUAUAAAGAUAUAAAGCAAAAGAGAUAAGGUUCAAAGCCAUCACAAAAUGUUUAACAAGUUCAAUAGCAACAGUAAUAAAAUAAAAAAGAAGAAAUACAAAUAGAAUGGAUGGGAACACUUAAGCCAGACUAACCACCUGAAAGACCUAAAUACAUUGAUUAAAAGUUAGAAGAAUAAAAAAUAGCUGCUGAGAAAUAUAACUAAGAAAUGGCUUUGAGAAAAAAGAAAGAAGAAGAAAUAGAAAAGCAAAAAUAACUUUAAGAAUAAAUGUAUGAAGAAAACAAAAGGGAGAGAGAAAAAAAGCAAAGAGAGCUAUUUUUAAUGGACAUGCAGGAAAACUCAAAUCCUUAAAAUUAUCCAUAAAAAGGUUUUGCACAUAGAAAUGUAGCACCUCAAAAUAGACAAGAAAUAGAGUAUACAUAGAUGUUAGAAGAAAUGAAAUCUUUGAUUGAUGAACCUCCUUGUACAGAAGACAACACUACUAAUGAUUCAGAUUAACAAUAAAACAUAAAUUAAAAUUUGAAUUUUGAAGAUGUAGAUAGAGAUGACUAUGAUGACUAAUUUGAUAACAAUGAAAGUCAAGGAAAUACUAAUUAAAAGUAAAAAAAUAACAAUAUUUAAUAACAAUAAGAUGAAGAAGAAUAUAUAUACACUCUUCCAAAUAACAAAUAAUCAAUAAAUGCAAUUAAAGAAAAUUAUGUUAAAUAAAUUGGUAAAGAAAACUUACAAAAGCUGUAAUAGGCAAUUAAAAGUGAAAUCAAAAAGAAUAGAAAAUUUGUUGACUUGAGUCCUUCUGACAAAAUAAAAAUUUUAAAGUAACAAGUCCCUUCUAUCAAAUUCGAUAAAGUGGAUUUGAAAAUAAACUAGCUUGUUGAUAUAGUUUAAAUAGAGAAUUCAUGA